AGACGUGUCACCUGCUAGUCGCUGGUGUUCUUACCUUCUCUUACAUACUGUCCGUGGUGUAGUGGUAGUUGUGUAACAUCAUGUCGUCUCAGGUGCGUUAUGUCGUCUAUUACACAUUCGCAGGAAUGAUCAGUUUCAUUGUGACUUGUGUAGCACUCUUCUACACCUUGACGGGCCGAGGGACGCAGCUCAGCGUGGGGUGGUUCCUCGCGGAGACUUCCCCGUUCCUCUGGGCCAACAUCGGGAUCGGCCUAGCGGUCUCCUUGUCAGUCGUGGGCGCUGCCAUGGGGAUCGCCACUGUCGGGGUAAGUAUCGUCGGCGGUGGAGUGAAAGCGCCGAGAAUCAGAACGAAGAACUUGAUUUCUGUCAUUUUCUGCGAAGCUGUGGCCAUCUACGGACUCAUCACGGCCAUAGUAUUCUGCGGCACGAUGGAGGACGUUUCGGUCUCGGUGCUGAACGAUGAAAACCUGAGAAAGAUGAACAUAGGAGGCGGACAUCUACUUUUUAGCUCCGGACUGGCUGUGGGGUUGGUAAACCUGUUCUGUGGGAUCGCUGUCGGAGUCGUCGGCUCUGGGGCGGCCCUGGCGGAUGCUGCCAACUCGAUGCUGUUUGUGAAGAUUUUGAUCAUCGAAAUCUUUGGAAGUGCCAUCGGUCUGUUCGGACUAAUCGUGGGAAUUUACAUGGCUGCCAAGGCAAAAAUGGGAAAUAAAAUGUAAAUUCAUCGCUUGUAAUUUUUCAGUGUAAAUAAAUUUGAAACAAUUGUACAAAGUAGAUUAUAACAAAUUUCAAUAAACCACGUUUAUAGUAAUAA